UUGAAUAGCAUCUUCGUGAGUUCGUGUCACUCGCGUCAUCAUGGCAGAGCAGGAAGUUAACCAAAAUGAAUUCGAGUUAAAAUCUCUGAAUUCUGAUAUUCCAACCUUUGUUGGAUUCAUCAAUAAAUCACGCAAUGAUGCCAGAGCCUGGUGGCUGGACUUUGAUGGGGUUCCAGUGUCGUAUGGAGACAUACGACCGGGUGCGUUAUUAAGGAUGGACACUUUUCUCACACAUCCUUGGGUUUUCAGGGACACUCGCAAUGGUGCAAAACUUUUGACGAAUUUAAAAGAGGUUCACAUGCCAAUUCCCACAGAAUAUGAUGAAGAUGGCGACCCUGCUUAUCUAAGCGUGAUCAUAAACAACCCAGUUUACUCUCUUCUAGAUUCCUGCUUGAUGUUGAUCAGAAGCCUGGUGAGAUUUGAACACUACCAUCGACUGGACAUUCCUGCAGCAUUGAAACAGGAGCUCCAAAGACAUCCAGAUAUAGUCAAUGAUCUCAGACUGCUUCAUUCCACCAGAACAUCAGAAAGAUGAACAUAUACAUGGAUCAUGAGCUAGUUGGUCAGUGGUUCAUAUGCAAUCACUACCUGUACAUCAUAACUAAGUUUGGCCAUUAAAAAGUGGGUAUCCUACUUUUAUAUAAAGGAUACAUACAUAAUAAUGCAACUCAUUACAUUUAACUUUAAUUUAAUCAACAGCAAACAUGUUAAUGAUUGACAUUGAAUGAUUGAUUCACAUUACAACUGUAUUGCACUUGCGGUCUUGUUAAUAAAUUAAUCAGAGACAUGAAACAGAAACAAGAAAAAUCCCUUUGUAAAUUAUUUACAUGAAGCUGUAUCUCAACAUAAACAAC